UCGCUACGAUACGCAUGUACAAAAAAAAAUAUAUUUUUCAGUUCAGUUUUCAGUUUACAUGGCUAACCCACCACUUUACCAAUAUCGAUUAUAAAAUAAGACAAAACCUGUCGCGGUCUCAAAAAUGGGACUUAUAUUUGUUAUUUGAUUUAUAUAGAUUAAUUAUUUUAUAAAAUGUUUGGCAAGGCUGUGUUGUGUUUGUCAACUUUACAUUUUUAUAGUGUAACCGCCCAAGGAGAAUGUACUGACUUGCGCGGGCGUAUAAUAUCCCAUGGUUUACAUUACGUGCCUGGCCCUGAUACCUGUACAUUAUGCGUUUGUGACAAUGGCUUGCCUAAAGUAUGCAAAGCAGUCCUGUGUUCACCACCUCAGGAUUGCCGUUCAUUUCGAGUGGGCAAUACAUGUUGCGAGUUUAUCUGCCUGGAUGACGUGGUGAAGCCUGCAGAGGGAGCUGAGGCAAACGUUCGCGUAGCGGCGGGCGGCGCCACUGCCGUGGUAUUGCUCACUGUAGCAUUGGUCGUCUACCGUGUCCGUAAACAGAAGAGACGACGCCCCCCGCAUGCGGACGACCAGAGGAGCUUAACUAGUAUUGGGUACAUUAGCGGCAGCAUGGGUUAUAUGGGCGGAACAUGCGAGACUGCCUUGGCUGCAUGGAAACCACCCAGUAAUUACCUGCCCCGUGGGGAAGCGCCUCCGCCCUACGAUGAGGCUAUGGCGCAAUGUCGAUCCGAAAAUAUGAGAAUCAGCAACGAGACACCAUUCCAUCGUACGUAUCCCGCUACAGUGGAGACUCUGGUGCGCUCCGAUGACAACAUUCAGUGCUCCGGUCACAGCUAUGUUAAUAUACCGCGACCUGUCCAACAGGUAUUGAUCGCGAACACACAAAAUUGUUACAAUGCACCGUUGCUACAGGCAGCACAUCCACCGGAAGCAAGAGAAACUAUGCCCAUUUCGCAUCAUCCAUUAGCUCCUACUGUGGUGGGGUUUCCGAGCGCGAUCCGGCUGACGGGCUCGCUGGGCGCGAUCAGUAACCGCGGGCUGCUGAGCGUGCUGCAGCGCGAGCCCGACCACGAGCGGCCGCACAACGUGCCCGGCUUCUACACCGCCGCGCCCGCCGCCGCGCCCGCGCCCCCGCCCGCGCCCGCGCCCGCGCCCGCGCCCGCCGCCCCGCUCCACACCUCGCUGCAUCGUACGAUCCCCCGCAUAGCGACGGCUGCGGAGGCGAGCGCGCUAGAAGCGGCGCUGGGGUUCUCCCGCGGCGACCGCUCGCUGCACUCUGAGAUCCGGCGCUCGUUCCACAAGCCGGCCGAGCGGCUCGACACCGGCCGCAGCAUGCCGCGCAACCUCAACCUCGCGGCCGCCGCCUGCCUCGCCUCCGCCGCGCCCUCCGCCGACGGCGCCCUCCACGACAGGUCGAGCCGCGCGCGCGCACACAGCGAGGAGUAUAACGUGGGCGGGGAGCCCCGGCUGCCGCCCAAGCCGGCGCGGCCCGCCCCCGAGCCCGCGCCCCCCGCGCUCUCCGCGCACCCCGCGCACCCCGCGCACCCCGCGCACCCCGCGCCGCCGCCCGCGCACCCCGCGCCGCCGCCCGCGCCCGCCGCCGCCCCCGCGCCCGCCCCCGCCCCCGCCCCGCCGCCCUCCCACGCCACGCUGCCGCUCACAAUCGAUAAGCCAUCUUGCGUAUGCAGUUACGAUGGCGCGAACGGGCCGGGCGGCGAGGACGCCGACGACUACCGCAACGAGUGCGAGAACUGCAAGUCCGCCAGCAGCUCCAGGCACAUACUAUAUUUUGUGGGCGUGGGAGGCAGACGCGGCGGAGGAAGAGGAAGCGGGGGGCACGCAGACGUUGCAGCGCCGCGCCCCGCCGCCCGCACCCCCGCCGCCCGCCACCGCCACGCUGCCGCAGCCCGUCACCAGGCACACUCGAACUGUCAUGGGCCCGCCAUCCAACUGGGAGAACUGGUUCAACACUAUCCCAGAUUCGGACACCGAGUCUGAAGAGGAGUAAUACGUGAGUGUGUAAUAUUGAUAAAGUGUUUACAAUAUACGAACAGGUAUUAUAACAUCACUACCGGGGUCAACGUAAACAUUGCUCAUUAUAUUGCAGCUGAUUUCCUUAUUAUUACCAUCGACAUGUAAAAUAUUUUUUUAAAUGUAUAUUAAUUACUAAAUAUCACAACUGUAUUUAUACAAUCUUAAAUAAUGAUUGUUAAACAUUUAACGCGUACAGACCAUUCCAUUUUAAUUGUCUAUUUUCUUGAAAUUUCACAAUUCAGUGAUAAAUGUAUUAUGCUUUAAUUUUUUUAUAUUUUUUAUGCACAUAUGAUGUGUUUUGUUUUAUCUUUAUUAUGUAAUGUUUUUAUAGAUUUAUUUUGCACUCUAUUGAGUUUA